CUUCAGGACAUUCUGAAAUUAUGGCAUGAUCAAUAUUGUCGGUGGUCGAUAAAACCCACCUCUCUCCAACCACUGAUGUUUCUUUAAUUACAAAAACAGCCAUGGGUGACAAUGGCAGUGAAGUCAAGGUGUUUGUUCGUAUCCGUCCGACUGCAACUUUCGCUCAAGAGCUCAUUCAAUACUUACCAGAUGGACAGACAAUCAAUAUCCGUCAAAGAAGAGAUUCUAAGAGAGGGGUGGUGAACAACCAGCUGUGUUCUUGGUCCUUCCCAAUGAGUGGAGUCUUGCAUGAUGUUUCCCAAGAAGAUGUUUACAACACUGUGGCUCAUAAGGUUGUCCUUGGAGCGCUGGAGGGUUACAAUGGAACAGUCAUGUGUUUUGGGCAGACUGGGGCAGGGAAGACCUUCACCAUGACAGGAGCCACCGAGAGCUACAAGCAAAGAGGCCUCAUCCCCAGAGCCAUACAACAAGUCUUCGGUGAGGUGGAGAAUCGUCAGAACUUCUCUUUCACCAUCCAUUUAUCAUACCUGGAGAUUUACAAUGAGACGCUUGUGGACCUGUUGUCUUCCGUGCGUGGGACCAGGGCAGGGCCGGGCGGCUUGACGGUAGUGGAGGAGGCAGGAGGGAGCGUGUCGGUCAAAGGGCUCUCCCUCCAUUCUGUCCAUAGUGAGGAAGAGGCGCUGAACCUGCUGUUCGAGGGAGAGAUGAACCGCAUCAUUGGGUCACAUGCCAUGAACAAGAACUCAUCCAGGUCUCACUGUAUCUUCACUAUUUACAUUGAGUCUCGCUCCCGUACGUUAUCAGAUGCCAUGUACAUCACCUCCAAACUGCACCUGGUGGACUUGGCAGGGUCUGAAAGGUUGGGUAAAACUGGGUCUGAGGGUCAGGUCCAGAAGGAGGCCAUGAGCAUCAACAGGUCCCUGUCCUUCCUGGAGCAGGCCAUCCUGGCUUUAGCUGACCGCCGUAGGGAGCACGUGCCCUUCAGACAGAGCAAACUCACCCAUGCCCUCAGAGACUCCCUGGGUGGCAACUGUAACACAGUCCUGGUGGCCAACAUCUAUGGUGAAGCAACGCAGAUUGAGGAAACACUCUCCACACUGCGGUUUGCCAGUAGGAUGAAGUGUAUCAAGACUGAACCAGCAGUUAAUGAACACAUAGACCCAGUGGUGCAGAUGAAGAAACUGCAGAGGGAAAUCCAGCUGCUGAAACAGGACCUGGCCAUUCAGACCAAUAUGCCAAACAGGAUAGCAAGUUCCUAUGAACCACUCUCCGACAGCCAGGUGGCAGAGGUUCAGGAUCAGGUGCAGAAGUUCCUGGACGGCAGUCUGGAAGAGAUCAGUGUUGUGAACAUCAGACAGGUCAAAGAAGCGUUUAAACAAUUCAAAUUGGCCAUUCAGCAGCAGGAGCAGAAGGUGAGGGAUGAGCUGAGCCACAACUACAGCCUGGUGGAGAAACCUCACAGCACCCCAUGGCCUGCCGCCGACAAGGCGAGGGGAACCAUGGGAACCAUGGGAGAGGUCGAAGGUCGUGGCUUUGGCGUUGGAGUUGCCGCCUCGUCUCAGAGACACAUUGAUGUGCAGAACACCAGCAAGAACAGGACCAAAAAAGGCAAAGAGAAUCAAGGUAGCCCCGGGAAGCAGACCAAUGGUGGCCAGGCCAUCAGGAGGGGCUCCGGCCAGAGGACCGUGGAGCAGACCUCUCAGGACCAGCAGGCUCAAGCCUCUCCUCCGCUCUCGGCCAGAGACCAAACUGUUUAUGAGAGUCCGCCACCUAAAGAGGAGGCGUUUGAGGACUUCAAGGCGGAGUGUGGGAGCGAGCUGAACCGUAUCCUGCGGGAGAACAAGGCCGUGUUGCUGGAGCGACGCGCUCACCUGCGUGAGCUCACAGACAGCGUCAACGCCACCAAGGGCCAGAUCGACCAGGCCGCCACUACCCUGCGUCAGAGACAAGAGCACAGGGACAGCCAAGGGCAGUUUGUGGGGUCUGAUGGUGAGCCAGUGCUGGACGAGGCAGAGGUGACUCUGGUGCUGAAGCUGAGGGACUUGAAGGCCCAGUACCGACAGGACUACCAGGACCUGUGCGGCACCAGGGCGGAGGUCAGCUACUGCCAGCACCUGGUGGACCAGUGCAGGGUGCGCUUGCUCACAGAGUUCGAGAGCUGGUACAACGAAUCCUUCCUGCUGCCAGAGGAGGUGCAGGGAGUGUUGCGGGCAGGUGGCACCAUUCGGCCGGGUCUGGUGCCCGUGGAGAAGGCCUUAGCCCUGGAGGAGGAUGAGCAGGAGCGCUUUGAGCGUAUGCGCUUUAAGCUGCUAGAUGAGAGCCCAAGUGCUGUGUCCUUCUACAAUGCCCACAACCGGACAGUGAAAAGGAGAAGCAGUUACAAAAGCCAGGCUGGGAGCCCCAGGAGAAACAGCACACCUGCCGGGCGGAUGAAACUGCCUCCCAUUCUUUCAGUCACCUGAGGAGGGCGCCAACUCACCCCUUCACAAGCAAUCAUCUUUCCCUUCACUUCACUACACUCACUUACACCUCAUAGCACUGACCUUACAGACCACCAGAGUACUGAUGUCCAUAUUGAAACACAGAAGAAUUCCCUCAACACACCUCAAAUUGACUGGCUGGAUGUAAUCCUUAGUUGUCAACAAAUGCACACAAGAUGUUAAUAACUUGGUCCUGUGAUGGUAUUGAAUAAAACAUCAAUGCACUUCA